AUGCCGGCGGGACACAGCGGGAGGGUGCAGCACUAUCUGGUGGUCUUGGCCGUGACCUGGGGUGCCAACUUCUUCCCCUCGCCAGCCCAGGCUUUGCAGAGGGUCACGCUGCGGAGGAUGCCCUCCAUCCGCCAGACGCUGCAGGAGAUGGGGGUGAAGGUGUCCGACGUCUUCCCCGAGCUGAGGCAGAGCAGACGCAGCGGCCUGGCCACCCCCAGAAACGGGACGGCUCCCACCCUCCUCACUAACUACCUGGACACCCAGUAUUUCGGGGAGAUCAGCAUCGGUACCCCCGCGCAGACCUUCAAGGUGGUUUUUGACACGGGCUCGGCCAACCUGUGGGUGCCAUCCUACAAGUGCUCCCCCCUCUACAGCGCCUGCGUUUCCCACAGCCGCUACGACUCCUCCAAGUCGCGGACGUACAUAGCCAACGGCACGGGCUUUGCCAUCCGCUACGGAACGGGGAGUGUCAAAGGCUUCCUCAGCCAGGACAUCGUCCUGGUGUCAGACAUCCCCAUCAUCCAGGUCUUUGCCGAGGCGACGGCGCUGCCUGCCUUCCCCUUCAUCUUUGCCAGGUUUGACGGGGUGCUGGGGAUGGGCUACCCCAGCCAGGCCAUCGACGGCAUCACCCCCGUCUUCGACCGGAUCCUCUCCCAGCAGAUCCUCAAGGAGGACGUGUUCUCCGUCUACUACAGUCGGUGA